GGAUCAGAUCCUGCGAGCUCUCGUCACGCCCACCAAAUCGCGCUCCUCGCCGGCUCCUAUCAAAACAAAAGGGAUCCCGAAGAGGAAGAUUAAGGCUCGUAUCAGACGUUAAGGGAAUAAUAUCUGGAAAACGUUGAGCAAAAAAUCGAGCACACCGGCGUCCGGCAUCGCAUCACGUUUCCAUUAAACGAAACGCCGGAAAAUCCCGCGGCAAUACCGGCUCGCAGGUACCGCAUUUUCGCGCAGUAAUUACCGUAUAAUGAGCGAACAAUAGUCCGGAUGCGUCCAGCGUCGCAUUGGCCGAAGGCCCCGGCUUUCGCCCUUCUGCUCCUCAACAUCUCCUACAGCUCCGCGUUCCGUUUAACCAGCAUGAACGUGCCCGCGGUCGCGGAUCCCAGAGGCAAUCUCGAACUCGAUUGUCGCUUUGAUAUGGGCACCGAGGAGCUGUACGCCGUGAAAUGGUACAAGGACGAGCAGGAGUUUUUUAGGUACAUGCCCGGGCAGGAUCCGUCUAUCAUGUAUUUUCCGGUGAUCGGCGUGUCGGUGGUGCGUCGGCGGUCCGGCUGCGAUAACAAUUACUGCAAAAUCGAGCUGGAUAAACUGUCCAGGAGGUUCAGCGGCGGGGCGUUCCGAUGCGAGUUAUCCAGCGAAGCGCCAUCGUUCAAAUUGGCAUCGGAGACGAGGAACGUGACAGUAGCAGCCGUGCCCAAGGAGAAGCCCAAGAUCGAGGGGCUGAACGCUCAUUACGUCGAAGGCGACGUUCUAUCGGCUAAUUGCACGUCAGAUUUCGGGGAUCCCCCGCCUACGCUCAGGUGGUUUGUCGACGGACAAUCGACGGUGCCGGUGUCGAGGCCGAGUUACGCUGAACGGGAAUCUGACGGGCUGAUGGCUCAAUCUAUAUUUUUGAAUAUGGUUGUGACGAACGUGUCCAAGUCUACGUUGGAGAUCGGUUGCGAGGCUUCAGUGCCAGGGGUGCCGUUCGCCCCUCAAUUAACCGCCGCUGUGGUCGGUUUGAUGUCCAGCCAGGAAGCCGGAGAUAAUGAGAAAUUUCAAUUGUGGUACAGUCCUUUCAACAGCGGCAUCACAUCACCGGCGUCUUCAUAUCUAUCCUGUUUAAUAUUCUCAACAAUUUUAAUAAAUGUUUUGAUUUGGACCUAAUAAGUAAUAUCUAUACACUUUGUGAACUAUAUUAUUACGAUAUCGGUACAAAAAUGUUUACCUACAUAUGUAUGUCCUUUCACUUGAUCAUUACGAAGAAUUUCUUUAAAGAUUUUUUCAGCAGAAGUUUUUCGAAAAUAUUUUCUUAAAAAGUGUAUACUGAGCCUGUUCAGUGCAACUUGAUGUUCCUGGAUUUUUGUUAUAAAUUUUUAGGUAUGAAUUUUAGAAUAUCCUACUUGACUACAGCUAUUUUUU